UUUUUUAAACUUUUCAGUAUAUCUAUAAAGUUUUAUUGUAGUAAAAAAACAAUAAGAUGUCAUUUCGUCUUGCUACGUUUUUGUUGAUAUUCAGUCGAGUAUUUUUGUCAUUUGCUCUUGAAUUCAAAUAUUCAGAAAAUCUGGGAUCUGAUGUUGCUUUAUCAUGGAACUUUGCGAACGAAUCAAUAACAAUAAAGGUGUCAGCACCAACCAAAGGAUGGAUCAGUAUCGGAAUUUCGCCCGAUGGAGGUUUUCCAGGAUCAGAUGCAUCUAUUGGUGGUUUGAAUGGCAGUGGUAAAUACGUCGAGGAUGUAUACGGGCCAGAAACAGGCGGUCCGAAACCUGACGAAUCUCAAGAUGUAGAAAUUCUUUCUGCCGAAGAAAACGAUACAUCGACGACUAUUAUCGUGCAAAGAAAACUGAAAACAGGGGAUCAGAAUGAUAUUGAUAUUCAGAGAGGAAAUCUAUAUGUACUGUGGGCUUAUGGUAGCAGCGAUGUCUGGGGACGUCCAGGACCUGGGAGCCGACCAAACCAGCGAGGUGUUAAGGAAAUGGUACUGGUACCAGACACAGAUGAUGUUAACUUCAUACAUACAACUAUGCUAGACGAAGAAAAAAAAAUUUCACUGAAAUGGUACUACACCGAUGAAGAUAUUACUUUCAAGUUUUUAGCGCCAACUACUGGUUGGACGGCUCUCGGAUUUUCUCGUGAUGGAAAGUUUCCAGGUUCAGAUGCUUGUAUAGCAGGAAGAAAAGAUAACAUGAAUUAUGUCGAGGAUGUGUAUGGGCCAGAAGAAAACGGUCCCCCUCGAGUCGAUGAAUCACAAGAUUAUGAAGUUCUUUCAGCGAAACAAGGUUCCGAUUCCACUACACUUGUAAUAAGAAGAAAAUUACUCACUGGAGAUGCACAUGAUGUAGAUAUAAAGGCCGGAAAGAUUUUUGUAACGUGGGCAUUUGGGAAUAUUGAUGAAUGGAAAGGUCCGGAUCCUUCAACAAAUCCUGUCGAAACUGGGGUAAAAGAAAUGGUUCUGAUUCCAGAAGAAAGUUCAGAAUAAGUUUUUGUGAUUAUACCAAAAAAAUAUCAGAAGAAUUUAUCCUAUCAUCAAAUGAUACCGACCAGAAAUUUUGCAUUGUAUUAUGAAUUUUCAUGUAAAUAAAAAAUAAAACAAAUAUUGUCAG